UGUUUCACCUCUCAUCUUUGCAGGAUUUCUCCAGCUCUGUUGAGACAAGCCUCUUACGGGACAAUCAAGAUAGGGACCUACAACUCUCUGAAGAGGCUGUUUGUCACUCAUCCUGAAGAUGAGACGAUGAUCAUCAACGUUUUCUGCGGCGUCGUGUCCGGAGUGCUGUCCUCGUCUCUGGCAAACCCCACUGACGUCCUCAAGAUCAGGAUGCAGGCGCAGGGCAGUCUGCUCCAGGGCAGCAUGAUGUCCAACUUCAUGAACAUCUACCAGACAGAGGGCACCAGAGGCCUGUGGAGAGGUGUCAUCCCCACGGCGCAGCGAGCGGCCAUCGUGGUCGGGGUGGAGCUUCCUGUGUACGACAUCACGAAGAAGCACCUCCUCAAGUCUGGCGCCAUGGGAGACACCAUUCUGACACACUUCAU